AUGACUAAUUUUUUAUACAUUUUUGCUUUAUUAAGUGUUAUAAUUUGCAUAAAAGCUGAAUGGAAAGCAAUUUAACUCACAGGAGAUGUUCCAAAUAAUUUAGUUUACCAUGAAUCCGUGGAGUAUGUUACUGCUGCCGGUUCUCAAAUGAUUUUGCUAUUUGGAGGAUAAAUAUUAAAUGGAAAUGUGUUAAACUAAAAUAUUUACUAAAUUGAUGUUCAGAAAUAUUAAGUAACCAAAAUAACACCUGGAGGUUCAGUUAUGUAAGGAAGAACUAAGUUUGCUUCUUGUUCAAUUGUAACUUCUAGCAAUACUUAUGUUUUUCUUCAUGGAGGCUAUUGUACUGGAAGCUCUUUCUGUGGUGAUUUUUAUAAAUAUGAUGUAGCUGCAAACUCAUAUUAAAAACUAGCUAAUACAUUAGCAAGAGCAGAGCAUUCAAUUAUUUGUGACAGCUAAAAUAAUUAAAUUUGGUUAUUUGGAGGUAAAUCUUCCUCUACUACUGUUAUGAAUGAUUUAUGGAAUUACGAUAUAACUAAUGGUGCUUGGAAACUAGCAGAUUAUAAUAUAUUUAGUAAAGUUGUAUUGAAUUUAGUUUUGUGGGAUGGAACUACAGCAAGUGUUACAAUUGAUAACUACACAGAUUAUUUACUAAUUUCUCCAUCAGAUCUCAGUAAGCUUUAAUAAGCCCCACCCACAAUGACUCUAUUCGGAGGACCAUAUGACUGCUCUGUUGCAAUUACUCAAAUGCCGAGUUGUAGAUCAAAUUACUCAUUUGUAAAAAAAUAAAAUGAUCCCUACUUAUACUUAAUUGGAGGGUAGGAUGCAUAAGGAAAUAUUUUUUAAGAUGUUUGGAAGUAUGAUGUUACUAACAAGGUAUGGAUUUAGCCACAAGAUGGACUUCCUUCUACUUACACUUAGUUUUUUACUUAAUAACGUGCAAAAUUAAGUUAUGCUUAAGAUUUUACAUUUUUAUUUGGAGGUUAUAGUGGGAGUACUUACUCUAUGAAAGGUUAUGCUAGAAGUUUCAGCAAUGGAAAAAUAUCUCAAUUAAAAAUACCUUAAUACUCUUCAUAAGUAGCUCCUCAAAAAGUUAUUGGAUUUUCAAUAAACUCUUUUUCCUCUGGCAUAACUAUGACAGGAGGUUGUGAAGAUUAAACCUUAGCAAGUCCUUCGUGUGCUCAAAGUUAACUAUCAUUUUAUAUAUUGGGUAUCAAUGACUGCAAUAAAGCUUCAACAAACCAUAAUAUGGCAAAAUGUAUGUAUGGAAAGCAUUGGUGUCUUGAUUAAUAUUGGGGAGAUUUAUGCUAAAAUUAGCUUUGUCCAGGUUCAAUGUGCUUAAAUGACAUUAAUUCUUUUGAGUCUCCAUUUUGCUAUAUGUGCUUUGGGAAUGGUCAGUGUAAUUCAUAAGGUUAGUGCACUUCUUGCUCUUAAACAUAAGCAGGAAUAGGCUUUAUUUCAAGUGAUUGCUCUACUGUUGAUUGUAAAAACUAAUGUGGAAAUGCAGGUACUUGCGUUAAUUAUUAUCCAGUAAGUUCCUGUAAUUGUUAAAAAUUACUUGGUGGAGAUUAUUGUGGAAAAACAUUUUGCUUAAAUGACUGCUCUAAUAGUGGUACUUGCUAAUAAAAUGGAUUAUGUUAAUGCAAUUAGGAUAAAGAAGGAGCUGAUUGCAGUAUUUAAAUUAUAGGAUUUUUGAGUUGA